AGCAUCACAUCUUUUGGAUUUUUUUCUCUUCAUCUUUGACAAUCAACAACCCCAAAAUGCACGGAAGACCAAGAAAUCAAACCCUUGAUGAGAAGAAGGCACUCAUUCUGAAGGAGAAAAUUCAAGUCUUUUCAUCACUCAGAAAGAAUAUUUUGCAGAAUAAGAAGGAAGCAAAUUAUGCUCAGGAAUUGUUGGCAAAUAUUGAAACUGCUCUUUGUAUUUCCCCGGAAUUUUAUAGUUUGUGGAAUUAUAGAAAGGAAAUUAUUACACAUUUGAUUGAAACUGCCCCAGAAAAAAUCAAGGAAGUUUAUGAAAAUGAAUUAAAAUUAACUGCUACAAUUCUUAGUAAGCAUCACAUGAAGUCAUAUGGUACUUGGCAUCAUCGUUCAUGGGUUAUGAAAAAGCUUGACAAGACUUAUUGGGAAACUGAUUUGGAUUUGACAUCACAAUUACUGAAAUAUGAUAAUAGAAAUUUCCACUGUUGGAAUUAUAGAAGAUUUAUUUUACAUUUACUUGAAAGAAAGCCAUCAUCAGAAUUGGAAUAUUUAUAUGGCAUGUUGGAUGAUGUACAAAAUUACUCUGCUUGGCAUAAUAGAUCCUCUCUCCUUGUGGAAUAUUCUGAACAGGAAGGCAUUCCCCUCAGUGAAGUCAUCAAUCAAGAAUAUGAUCUUUGUACAAAUGCAUUCUAUACAGAACCAUCCAAUCAGAGUGCUUGGAUUUAUCACCGUUGGUUAUUGUCAACAUCCGAAGGAAAACAACUUAAAUCAAAGGAUUUGGAAACUUGUAAUGAUUUAUUGGAAAUGAUGACUGAUUUGAAGAAUCCAUUAGAUGAAAAAUGGUGUCUUGUUACUAUUGUAUUGAACAUGUUGGAUGAACACAAGCUUGAAGAAUCGGAAAAGACUACUGUUUUGACUCAUCUUGAGAAAUUAAUUCAAAUCGAUCCUACCCACAAGGGUUACUAUAAUGACAUUAGAAGUGACUUUUUACUCAAACAUACCAAUAAGGAUGAUGUUGAAAAAUUGGCCAUUCCUUCCAUGAAUAUUUCUCGAAUUAAUAUCCUCAAUGCUAUUCCAAAUUUGUGUGACAAUUUGAAAGUUAUUGAUCUUUCUAACAAUGAUAUUCUUUUUAUUCCUCAAUUAAAAUUGAAGAAUUUGGAAACAUUAAUUCUUGAUAAUAACAAGAUUAGAUUUUUGGAAGGUUUGAGCGAAUUGACUAAACUCAACCUGUUAUCCAUGAAGAAUAAUCAAAUCAAGAGAAUACCAAGUGGAGUCAUUUCUAAUAGUGCCACAAUAGUCAAUCUUGACGAAAAUCCUCUUCCGUACGAAGAAGAAGAGUUCAAUACUAAAAUUUGUGUAGCCUUCCCAAACAUUUCUCUUUGGUCCAAAUAAAAUAAUUAAUUUAUUUUUC